CGGAGAUAGCAGACACACGUGGGAGCAAUGGCUGCUGACAGACUGCAGUUCCAUGAAAUGGGGCUAGAUGAUCGCCUUUUAAAGGCGCUGGCAGACCUGGGCUGGGCCCAGCCCACCCUGAUCCAGGAGAAGGCCAUCCCCCUGGCUCUGGAAGGGAAAGACCUCCUGGCACGAGCCCGAACUGGCUCCGGCAAGACCGCCGCCUACGCCGUGCCCAUCAUUCAGCACAUUCUCUCCGCAAAACAGACGGUGCAGGAGCAGGCGGUGAGGGCUCUGGUCCUCGUCCCCACCAAGGAGCUGGGCCAGCAGGCACAGACCAUGAUCCGCCAGCUCACCUCCUACUGCGCCCGGGACGUCAGGGUGGCAGAUAUCUCGGGCAAGGCCGACGUCUCUGCGCAGAAGCCCAUCCUGAUGGAGAAGCCGGACAUCGUGGUGGGCACUCCGUCACGGGUGCUGGCCCACCUACUGGCCCAGAACCUGACCCUGCGCAGCUCCCUGGAGAUGCUGGUGAUCGAUGAGGCUGACCUGGUCUUUUCCUUUGGCUUUGAGAGUGACUUGAAAAGCCUGUUGUGCCAUUUGCCCAAAAUCUACCAGGCCUUCCUGAUGUCUGCCACCUUCAAUGAAGAUGUCCAGGCGUUGAAAGAGCUGGUCCUACACAACCCUGUGACUCUGAAGCUGCAGGGCUCCCAGCUGCCGGACAGCUCCCAGCUGACACAGUACAGCGUGCUCUGCGAGGAAGAAGACAAGUUCCUGCUCAUCUACACCCUGCUGAAGCUGGGCCUGGUCCGGGGCAAGACCAUCAUCUUCGUCAGCGCCAUCGACCGCUGCUACCGCCUCAAGCUCUUCCUGGAGCAGUUCAGCAUCCCUGCGUGCGUGCUCAACUCCGAGCUGCCCAUCCUGUCCAGGUGCCACAUCAUUGGCCAGUUUAACCAGGGCUUCUAUGAUUACGUCAUCGCCACAGACGAACAGAACCUGGCGCAGCCCAGCAGCGCCCAGGAAGCAGAGGGCAGUAAGGGAAAGAAGAAAAAAAAGAGCUUUUGGAAAGAAGGGAGGGGAAAAGACAAGGAGUAUGGUGUAUCCAGGGGGGUCGACUUCCAGGAUGUGGCCAAUGUCAUUAACUUUGACCUGCCCUCCUCCAUCGAUUCUUAUAUCCACCGUGUUGGCAGGACAGCCAGAGCUGACAACCCUGGGACAGCCCUGAGCUUCGUCUCGCACGCGGAGCUGGGCCUGCUGGAGGAAUUCCGGGACGGGCUCAUGGGAGACAAUGCAGAAUGUGCCCUAAAACCAUAUGGAUUUAAGAUGGAGGAGAUUGAGGGCUUCAGGUACAGGUGUCGGGACGCCAUGAGGUCUGUCACCAAGCAGGCAGUGAAGGAGGCCCGUCUCAAGGAAAUCAAACAGGAGCUGCUCAACUCUGAGAAACUCAAGACGUAUUUUGAAGACAACCCCCGGGACCUGCAGAUUCUCCGCCACGACCGGGAUCUCCACCCAGCCCUCGUCAAGCCCCACCUGAAGAACGUGCCAGACUACCUGAUCCCUCCAACUCUGAAAAAUGUGGCCAGCCCCCAGGUCAAGAGAAAGAGGAAGCGUGUGCGAGGAGCCAAAGCAGAGGGCGCCGUUUUGAAAAGCAAGUUCAAGCCGCACAGAGGCCGGAACCCACUGAAGAACUUCCGCUACACCGCGAAAGGGGGAAAAACAAAGAACAGCCAGGGGCCGCAGUCAUAAAAACCCACGAGACGACGGGGCCGUUGGGAGAGCUCGCCUUCCUGGGAGAGAUCGGAAAGUGGAAUUUGCGUAUCUCCAGCAGUGCAGUGGGGAUCAGACUGAACACACCAUCUGACUGAAGAACUAACGCGAGACUCAUGCCCCCAGAUUUCUUGUCUCCCUGACAUAAUGCAGUCCUUCCUGCUCUACUAGCGGGCUUCCAGGAAGUUCUGAACUCAUCCUGGGAAAGAGAAUGUAUUUGUGUGAGUCGGACUCAUGUCUUCAGGCUUUGAGGAUGCUUCAGCAGCCUGUGAUAAAGGCAGUUCUGACAUGGGCUGGUCACCUCCCUUCACUUGAACCUGUCCCCGCUGUUUAAUAUAGUUUGGGUCUGUGCCUGUUGUUGUAGGGCACAUUUGGCCCAACAGACAGCCACCUUCAGAGUCUGUGUGCCGUGUACAGCAGUGUCUCCUGGUCCUGGAGUAUUGUCCUCCAACUGAGCUCUUGAUUAAUUAAGCUUACUGAUUUCUUAAUUGUACAAGCUGAUUGCAUUUAUAACUCUUUUCUACACUCGGGUCUGAGUUUCAGAAAUAUUCUUAAUAUAUUAUUUUCAAGAAAACCUAGCAUGCAGAUCUCUAUUUUAACUUUUAAGUUCAAUCUUUCAAGGUUUAAGAUAUCUGCUCUUCAGUAGCUGUCUAAACAUUUACUAUAAUUGAUUAUUAAUUAAUGACGUACUUACACGGUUGAGACUGACACUGUGUCACAUGCAUUGAAGUGUUCUUUGUGAUGUACAGAACAAUUACUUUCCACCUUGAAAGGGUAAACUAAAUGAAAUGAUUUGUAAAGCUCGGCUCCUCUUAGAGGAUUAAUACUUAUUUCUAACCUUUCUUUCCUAUUCAACGGCUGAAACUGAUAAAAAGCAGGUUGAUUAAAAAAUAACUGGGCUUAAUUAAUCAAUGACUCCAAUAGAACAGAAUGCAGGCUGUGGUGUCCUUCAUGGCCAUGAUGGGGAAGUGCUGAUUUACAGCAAGUUUACUUGCAGAGGGUGACAGGUGACACAGUUCUAUUGUGUCCACAACCCUUCCAGGACUCUUGUAUUUCAUUUAUCCUUUGUGAACUAUAUGACUGUAUGAAGAAAUAAAGUACAUUUAGUCUUUAGCAGUCAAAAUUA